AUGUAAAACCCUUUAUUGGCUAAAAAAAAUGAGUAAGACUCAUAUAAAAUGAGCAACUCAAAUAGCAGAGGAAAUAUGGCUCACUUGUAUGCUUAAAUGUAGCAUAAAAAAAUGGAAGAAGCAAACGAAGCUGUGAAAUUGAUGAUGGAAGACCCUGAUUUAUUCGAUUAUGAUGGGCAAUAUGAUUAAAUAAAGAAAGCCAGAGAAGAAGCAACUUAAGUUAAAAAAACAGAAAAAAAAGAAAGUGUUUUAUUAGGAAUUAGAAUGGCGGCAAAAGAUAAAAGAGACAGAGAAUUCCUCAUCAGAUAAGAAAGGUUAGCAGAAAAGGAAAUAAAUAGAACAGGAAAUGAAGGUCUUAAAGAAGAAAGAUUUAUUACUUCUUCUUACAAAAAAAUGUUAGAGGAAAACAAAAAAUUUUUAGAAGAUGACGAUAAAAAAGAAUAAUUGAAUGAGAAAAAUUCAGCAUUGUAAAAAGGUAGUUUGGAUAGCUUUUUCUAAAAGUAAUUAGCAGGCUUAAAUGGUAGAGUAGAUAUUACUAAAAUGAUUGAUAAAAAUAAAUAGAGAGACAAUAAAUAAGAAAAAGAGCAAACCUAACAACUAUAAUAUUAAAAGCCUUAAGCUCAUCAAUAAAGAAGUUUUAAUCAAGAAUAGGAGUAAAAAAGUGAUAGAAAUAUAGAGUAAAUUUAAGUUAAAUAAGAUUCAAGGCCUAAGCUUUCAGAAUUAUAUUCAAGAAUGGGAUAACCUAAUUAACCAGUAAGAGAAGAUUAGUAUCAAAGGGAAGGUGAUUCCAAAAGUUAAUAAAAUAGAGAUAAAGUUGAAAAUUAUAAAGAUCAUAAAAGCAAGAGAGAUAGAAGAGAUUCAAAGUCUAGAUCUUCUUCAAGAGAUAGAAAUAAAUAUCAUAGAAGAGAAAGGAGUAGAUCUAAAGAUAGAAAAGAAUCAAGAAAAGAUAGACAUAGAAGUAGAUCUUAUGAUAAAAAGAAUAAAGAUGAUAAUAGCUCAAGAAGAGAACCUUCUGAUAAAAUAAAUCCAUAAGGUGGAUAAUAAGAAAUAAGUUAGGAAAAAUAAGUUAUUUAAAAAAGUGUAAAGGUUGAAGAGCCUAAGCUUUCUAAAGAAGAAAAAAUAAGAUUAGCAAAAGAAAGAUUUUUAUAAAGAUAAUAAUAACAACAAAAGCCAGAAUGA